AUGCCAACAGAAUCUUCAACUAUCUUCCCAACAAUUCCAAAAGAAUGUUUAACAUUCACGGCAACAAUACCAACGGGAACCAUUACUAUCUCGGAAUUUUCACCAACAGCUACAAUAACAGUUCCAACAGGAUCUACAUUCACCUUAACAACGCCGAAGACGUUCUCAACAUUUACGAUGACAUUACCGACAAUGACCAUCACUUUUACCAUGACAACACCGACAACGUUCUCAACCUUUACUGUUACAUUGCCGACAACAUUUACAACUUUUACUGUAACAACACCCACUAGACCUUUUAUUACUUUUACCACACCCACAAUGCCGCCCACUUUUACUAUGACAACACCAAUAUCACCAUCCACUUUUACUUUUACAACACCAGUAACACCAUCCACUUUUACUAUGACAACACCAACAACACCGUCCACUUUUACCGUGACAAUCCCCCUAAUUUCCUCAACUGCUACCAUAACGAUUCCAAUCGGAUCCACACCAACAAUAUCAAUAGACUGCCCAACCAUCACGCUAACAAUGCCACCAGUAUCAACAACUGCAAAUGUGACAACACCGAUCGUUUCAUCCACAGGUACAAGAACAAUGCCAACAUCAUCAUUAUCAGUUACCACAACGACAGAACCUACAGUGUUCUCCAAGACUACUUCAACCAUGCCUACAAGAUCUUCAACGACCACCAUUAUAAUACAAACAACGAUUUCGAAUUCCACCAUUAUAAUAGAAACAACCAUCGCAACUGCCACUACAACGACGACUACAGAAUGGAAACCUGUAAUUGCUGUUGCGACAAAUUUAAAAAUUGGAAAAUCAAGUGUAUGUCUAUUGAUUUUGAUGAUAUUAUCAAACAUAUUUGCCUAA